AUGGCUCAAUACACCAACAAGAUCAUCGUAGGUGUGGAUGUUGGUAUGACGUUCACUGGCGUCGUUGUAGCUCAAAUCAUACCCGGAGAAGAACCCGAGUUUCUAGUCAUUCAAAAUUGGCCUGAAAAAGACUCUCUCAAGGUCCCGACUAGCAUAAGCUACCCGGGAAGCGAGCCUCUGUGGGGCUGGCGUGCCUACGCCUACCCCCCAACUUACGCAUGGUUUAAGUUGUUAUUAGACCCUAAAGGCCGCCCUACUGAGCCUCAGGACGAGCUUCUCAGGAACUUGACCUAUCAGAAUCUGCUAAUGGAAGCGCCGGGUAAGACCGCCGUGGACAUGGUAGGGGAUUUUCUCGGACGGAUACGUCGUUUCAUUCAAGACCGAUUGACGUCUCUUUCUCUUCCUACCAAAGAGACGCUUGUACAAUUCCAUUUUUCCACCCCAGUGACCUGGGAAGAGGAUGCUCAUAUGGCCAUGCGGACGGCCAUUACCCAAGCAGGAUUCGACACUGUAGGCUCGGAAAAUGUGUGUCUCAGCUCCGAGUCGGAUGCGUCGGCCCGCUAUGUGUUAGAGCAGAAAAGCGAUAUGCUUCAGGAUUCAGUCUGUUAUCUUGUGGUGUCCAAAGGCCCAGCUUGGGUACUGGAACCAUUGAGCAAAUCCUGCGGCCAAAUCGGUGGUGCAAUCCAGGUCGACUUCCUCUUCCUUCAAAAGAUGCAUAAAAGAUUUAAGGAAGCGUUUGUUAAAGAAUUCAAUCGCAAUGGUGGUAUGGCGAGCCAAUUCAUGGCCCAGUUCACGGAACUCAAAGAAACCUUUGAUGGCACCGGGGGAAUCCGUAGGCUGAACUUCAACAUGAAUGUGGUUUCGGACCACUAUGACGCUCAAACUCAAGAGAUAUUACUUUCUCUCAGCGAUAUGGAAAAGUUCUUUCGGCCGACCAUUGAAAGUUCAAUCCAGAUAAUGAGCCACCAACUUGACCAGGUCGAUAUCAUGUGUCGAAAAUAUGGAGGCCAUCAAGUCUCCCACUUGUUUAUCACUGGAGGGUUCGCUGCCUCUCCUUAUGCCAAUAGCCAGUUCAAGACCUUGUUUGAGCAGCGAAAGGUGCAGCUAACCGUCCCGGAGAACCCAGCCAUUGCGACGGCCUACGGGUCGGCCCUUCUAGGUGUUUUUGAUGUGUCGUACACCAUGGUGAAUGGUGCCCGCACUUAUGGAAUAUAUCAUGACGACUUUAUGCCAUUCCUUAAGAAGGGCGGCCGGGAGCGACCCAUAAUGGAGCGAUUGAAACUGAUGUACAGCAAGGAAAAGGCAUCAAUUACUUGGAUAUUCAAGAAGAAUAACCAGUACCAGGCGGUUGAGCAGUACUCCUGGGGAUUCGAGCUUCUGCAUCAGCACAACAUGCCGUUGAUCAAACCGAUUGCUAUCUACUCAGUCGACGACCCAAGCCCACGCUCGAAGCCCGAAUUGCUCAACCCGAAUCAAUCAAAAUGCCUCGCCUAUAUCCAACUCGAUCUGUCUCAGAUCGACCUGACCGUCCACCCUCACAUAAAUGACAAGGAGGGGCACACAUUCUUCCAAGUUCUUGUCGAUGUACAGGCGACCCUCUGCCUCAAGAAAGGGGAUUUGAGCUUUCAACUUUCAGUAGGUGGAUUUAAUUGUGGCGAUUGCAAGGUCCAUACAGUUUGGGCAUAG